UUUGGUCAUUACAUUUACGGCAUUUAGCAGACGCCUUUAUCCAAAGCGACUUACAGUAUACAGUUUAAGCAACUGAGGGUUAAGGGCCUUGCUUAAGGACCCAACAGUGGUAACCUGGCAGUGGUGGGGUUUGAACCAGCGACCUCCUGCUUGCUAAUCCAGUACCUUAACCACUAGGCUACAACUGCCCCAACUGAUCAUAUAGUAUAUGGGCAUACUUAAUAUUUAAAGAGGAUUUCCUGCAGUGAUGAAAAAUGAUACUCUGCAAUACAUUUGGCCCCAGAUCCGGACCAGAAGACAUUUGCUAUGCGGUACAGCCGAGCAGCUAAACCCACCCAGCCUACUAGCGUUGUUUGACUUUUAUUUUGACAAAUAUAUACAAAGGUGACAAGGAAGUGUUGCUGCUUGGUUAGCGUGAUGACAAUACGUUGUUAAGUUUCGAAUAACAAGGCAUUAGAUGCGUUGGCUCGUAUUUAGUCUCUUUUAAAGCAAGUGCAGACGAGGAAAAAUAACUUAAAACUGAAAUCAUCGUAUCGCCAGUUUCUCUGUGUUAUUGUUUUUGACUAGGAGGACUCCAGUAGGACUAAGGAUCAGAUCCAGCAUGCCGUUGCAUUUUUGUCCGCAAUGUGGCUCAAAGGUUCAGCCUGGAUUUAAGUUUUGUCCGUCCUGUGGGGAAAAGUUGCCCUGCCAGUUCGAUGCUCCUGAAACUACCAGCAACGAUUUAUUUGGCGUUUUGGAUACAACAACCUGUGACACACACAGGCAGCUUCCGUUAUCAAAAGAGGUUCUGCCACCCGUCACCAACCUGCAAGCUGUUGAGUUGACUGCUUGUACAGCUCUGACCCGCACACCCAUCCAAAGUAGCCGCCGAUCAUCCGCCAGGAAAACCAGCAGUCCAUCCACACCUACCAAAGUUGGUACUAACACAGAUCGAAAGCCUUUGACAUCACCUCUAAAACGAAAGGCAUCUGCUGAGGUGAAAGAAGAGGAGCAAAAGAAAGUGACCUCUCCAUUAUGUUCUCCCCCUUCAGAAUCCAAGGCAAAGCGAGCCAAGCGAUGUGUUGUGGAACCUGUGCAGGAAGGGAUGGAGCUUUGUGACCAGUCAGGCAAGAAAUGGAGAUUGGGCAGACUGUUAAAUCGAACAGAGGUGGAGCUAACAUAUGAAGUGCAACAAGCUAAUGUGAAGAGCACAUCUGAAUGGAACCACAUUUUGAAAAUGGGUGCUAAAGAAGGACAACUGUUUAAUGAACAGAAUUUUCUCUUAAGAGCUGCUAAAUCUGUGGCAGUGGAGAAAUGGGUGAAAAAACUUAACCUGGACUUUCUUGGAAUUCCACCCUCUGUGGGCUUUGGUCUGUAUGAAACAUACAGAUUUCUAAUUUUUCCUGACAUGGGCCAAACUUUGCUGUCAGUUAUGGACACAGAGAAGGAGCCUCUCCCCGAGAGGGCAGCCCUGCAGUUAGCAUGCCGAUUGUUGGAUGCCCUGGAGUUCAUACAUGAAAAUGAAUACGCCCAUGCAGACAUCCAUGCUGGAAACAUCUAUACAGACAAACGCUCACAGGUGUUCCUGUCAGGCUUUGGCCAUGCAUUUAGGUUCUGUCCAGGAGGGAAACAUGUUGAAUAUCGGGAUGGCAGCCGCAGUCCUCACCAGGGAAACCUUUGCUUUAUCAGCCUAGAUUCACACAAGGGGGCUGGUCCCUCUCGUCGCAGUGAUCUGCAGUCUUUGGGUUACUGUCUGCUUUUUUGGAUGACAGGCAAUCUACCCUGGAGUAACAUAUCAUUAGCUUCAUCCAUCUCUGCUGAAAAGGAGAGGUAUAUGACUGAUAUUCAUGGGCUAGUGAGCUACUGUUAUAAAAAGAAGAAAGUUUCAGGUGCAUUACAAUCCUACCUGUCUCAUGUCAUGAGCCUGCAUUAUACCGAGAAGCCUGAUUAUUCACUUCUGAAAGCUGGGCUUAAUGAAUCUCUGCAGAAGAUGGGAGGAACUUUGGGACAACCGCUGUUCUUCAAUUUGAGUUAAAAAUGAACUGGACCAUAACACUAUGUUUUUAAUUUAUUUGCUUUUAAAGUAAAAAUAUUUUAUACAUUUACAGUAACAUUUUAAUAGUGUGUUCUUGAUUAUAUCAUUUCACUGAUAAUCCACAAGAUUGUGAAUGUUCUGAAUGUAUGAUCACUUGGAAAAAACUCACAUUCUAAAUGUUUAGUAACUGCAUCCUGUUCUUUUUAUCAUGAUCACAUUUGUGUUAUGUAGUACUGUUAGUUCCUUUGUUGGAUGUGUAGAUUUUAAAUUGA